CGCACACUACCGAACUUUAGUCAAAAUGGCUCCUACUAUUUACAAAGUGACUGAGACAGGAACUAAACGAACGAAUAUGAGAAAACCAGUGGUGGAGAAGAUGCGCAGAGAUCGCAUCAACAGAUGCAUCGAACAACUUAAAGUCCUUCUCAAGACGGAGAUUAACGCCAGCCAGCCGUGUGGUAAACUGGAGAAGGCUGAUAUCUUGGAGAUGGCUGUCAUUCACCUGAAGAAAUCCAUGAGGACAAACGAAAACGCACAUGCGCAAAGUUACGCGGACGGGUUAUCCAGGUGUAUACAGGAGACGGCACGAUUUCUGUCCGUUCACAACCAGCUCCAGACAACCAAAUUCGCUUUAAUGGGACACUUCAACAGCACCGUGCAACCCAAAGCGAGCGAAAAAGUUGUCUGCGCGUCUGCGCCCAAGGACAGCUGUCAAGCCGUUUCCAAACGCGCAGGAGAGCACGCGCUUUGGAGACCCUGGUGAUCCGGUGGCGACUUUAUAAAGACACAUAGAGAAUGAUUGUAUUCUCUAUUUGAGUAGAACAUAUUGUUUGUUUAAUAUAUGUUAAAGUAGACAGCAUCUGUCCAGACGCAUAGAAUGUACCAGUCUACCCCAUGUCUGCAUCUGAGAGCAAUACAGUAUCUAAUGCUUUACUUCACGUGUGUGAAGAUGAAUAUUGUUUACAUAUGGUAAAAACGAGAACUGUGUCACCUCUGUAUGUUUUUGUUAAAAUGAGGACUGUGUCACCUCUUUAUGUUUUUGUUAAACAUCUUUUUAUAAAAGAUUUCUAAAUGAUCUAUCAUAUUGAUAGAAUGUAA